CUCGGCUUUCAGAAGGCCUGCAAUUUUUCCCUGUCGAAAUCUUUUGUUCUAGAAAAGCUUGACCUAUAAGGAUCUAUAUCCCAGUAUGCUAAUUGGCCGAUAUGAGGCACGUGAUCAAAUACCUGUUUAGUCAAGCUGCGCUAGGCUAUAUUCGAUUGGUUUCCAUGCUGAAUGGGGUGGUUUAUUGCUCAAGUCCCGCCACCUUAUCAACCCCAACAAUGAAGGCAUCCCGCCGUCCUUUGCGGGCUCUGUCUUGCAUGCCCACGACUUAUCCUACUCCCCGAUACGUCAGCGGCACGAGCAAUGCGAAAUCAUCCAUCGCAGCGACACCGGCUACUAGCCUGUUGCAUCAAGCUGUUCCAUCCCCAAAGAAGGAGGCAACCUCGCCGCUCGCAAAACUGCCUCUCUCAUCUGUGCUGCGGUCCUUGAUGAUCCUCUCUGUUUCUUCAUCCUCACUUCUACUGAAGCCAUGCAUCUAUACCCUUUCAAUGUUGGCGCAUCCCAAAACACCUCUUCUCGACGUCGCCAAAAACCCUCUGCUGAACAUGCUCGUCAAGCACACGAUCUACAAGCAGUUCAAUGCCGGAGAAAACAAAUUGGAAGUUCAGCAGUCCAUUCACGCUAUUAAGAAUCUCGGAUACCGAGGCGUCCUUUUGGGUUACGCCAAGGAGGUCUUGGUUGGUGAGAGCAACGUCAGCCCUCGUGAUGAAAAGGCCGCUCGUGAAGAGGUUCAGACGUGGUUGGACGGAACGCUGCAGACCGUGGACAUGGCACAGGAAGGCGAUUUCGUCGCUCUGAAAUUCACUGGUAUGGGUGUCCAGGCGUUGGACCUCCUGCAGAAGAAGGCCGCCCCCUCUCCCUUCAUGGACGAAGCUAUUCAGCGAGUUUGUGACUUGGCUAUUUCCCGUAAUGUUCGUUUGCUCGUCGAUGCCGAGGAGCAGGCAGUGCAGCCCGGAAUCGAGAACUGGACCAUGAAGUAUCAGAAGUACUGCAAUUCGCAGACACCUGGCCGUGCCAUCUUCUACAACACCUACCAGGCCUAUUUGUGUUCGACCCCCACCACUCUCGCGGAGCACCUGGAGAUCGCUCGUCAGGAAGGUUACACCCUCGGUGUGAAGCUGGUCCGUGGAGCCUAUCUCAAGACCGAGCCUCGCCAUUUGAUCUGGUCGACGAAAGAGGAGACCGAUGCUUGCUACGACGGCGUUGUCGAAGCCCUCCUCACCAGACGGUACAACUCCAUGCUCAAGCCCGCGUCCGGGGAACACCAGACCGAGCUGCCCCCCGUUAACGUUAUCAUCGCCACACACAACCGUGAUUCUGUCCGCAAGGCACACGCGCUGCGUCUCCAGCAAGCAAGCAAGGGUGAGGACAAGGGCGUGGAUCUCUCGUACGCUCAGCUUCAGGGCAUGGCGGACGAAGUCAGCUGUGAGCUGUUGGAAGGUUUCCAGAGCUCCGAGCCCACUGGCAAGAACUCGUUCGUGGAAUCGCCUAACGUGUACAAGCUUCUCACCUGGGGUUCCGUCAAGGAAUGCAUGGGAUUCCUGCUCAGACGGGCCGUCGAGAACACCGAGGCCGUCGGGCGCACCAAGCAGUCGCAGGAGGCCAUGUUUGCUGAACUCAAGCGCAGAGCCCGCCAGGCUUUCCGUCUGAGCAGCUGAUCGUCAUCCUGUUGUGUUUUCUUUCGUACUUCUGAUACCAUGCUGCGGUUGGCUGAAAUUUCUGUUGCAUGCUGUUAUGCAUAUUGUUUUUUCUUUUGCGUGAUCCUGUGAAUGUCGUGCUGGCGAAAAUGCAUUUAGAUGGCGUUAGUGGUUUAUCUUUAGCUUGUUUCAUCGAUUAAUGAUAACGAUUUCUAGAAAGAAAAAGAAAGAGAAAAA